AUGGCAAAUGAAGGUGAUUGUGUUGAAGAAUUUGCUAGUGGGACUCGUUCAGAGGGAGGGGACUUAAACCAAAAACCUGUUGCUGGAAAUGAGGCAAGUUACCCUUUGGAAAUGUGCUCACACUUUGAUGCUGAUGAGAUCAAAAGACUAGGAAAGAGAUUUAAGAAGCUUGAUUUGGACAAUUCUGGUUCUUUGAGUGUGGAAGAGUUCAUGUCCUUGCCCGAAUUACAACAGAACCCUUUAGUACAGCGAGUAAUAGAUAUAUUUGACACAGAUGGGAAUGGAGAAGUAGACUUUAAAGAAUUCAUUGAGGGAGUGUCACAAUUCAGUGUCAAAGGAGAUAAGGAGCAGAAGUUGAGGUUUGCUUUCCGUAUCUACGACAUGGAUAAAGAUGGCUAUAUUUCCAAUGGGGAACUCUUCCAGGUGCUGAAGAUGAUGGUGGGGAACAAUCUGAAAGAUACACAGUUACAGCAAAUUGUAGACAAAACCAUAAUAAAUGCAGAUAAGGAUGGAGAUGGAAGAAUAUCCUUUGAAGAAUUCUGUGCUCUUCGGGACAAGAACAGCAGAAGUGAUGGAAGACGUGUGCGGUCGUUUGUAGAGUGCACGAUCUUUGUUUCUCAAGUCAAAACACAAAGUAAAAGAUAA